AUGAAAACUGAGAUUCCUUGGUUCUAUCUUGGCUGUCCAAAAUGCUCCAGAAGAGUGAACCAAUACUUGAAUCCUGAAACUGAAGAAAUAGAAGCUGACAAGUUUACAUGUGACCAGUGCCAGAAAAUUGUUGAUUCCACAGUCACAAGAUACCAGGUUCAUGUCAAAGUAACAGAUGAUACGGGAACCACUUCUUUACUUAUGUUUGACAGUGAGGUCAUAAAACUUAUUCACAAAUCUGCAUAUGAGUUACUAGAGCAACAAGUUCAGUUCAACCGUGGGAGACAAUACCCACAAGAACUUCUAGCUUUAGAUGGUCGCGAGUUCGUUUUCACAAUCUUCAAACCCGAAACAAGCAAAAAUUUCAUGCCGACAACUUUUAAAGUUGUUACAUUCACUGAAGAUCCAGUGAAAAUUCAAACGUUUCUUGAUGGCAAUGACAACACGGCUGAUACUGCUGCGAUUGGUCCUCAUUCCCCGAGCUCAAUUGAAUUAACCACCAAUCUGAUCGAAGAUGUCUCUGUUGAAGUGUCUAACAACAACUCGAUAAGUGGUUCGACAGAGUCUCCAGCUACUACAAGCAAAAAGCGAGCUAUAACUUCUGAUGAAACACCUUUACCAUCUGAAAAUUGUGUUGCAUCACUCUCAGCAAAGAAACUGAAACCAGAAGUAACUCCUUUACCUGAAGAAGAAGCUGGACAGCUUUCAUCCACCAAGCCAAAAUCGAGCAUUAAGCAAAGGAUGCUCAUCCAAGAAGUGAACGGAUGCGCGUUUUGA